CGAGCGGGGACGCGUGGCUAGAGCGGGAGGCUGCAGGGAGGAAGGGAGGGGCUCUCCUUUCUGCCGAAAUUCCCCGUUCGUUUGCAAAACCCGCGGUUUCCGGCAUUUCCGCCCCUCCCGCGCUCUGCCCGGCCCGGGCGGGCUCUGAGGGGCGCGGUGGGUGCCGCUGCCCCGGUGGCGUUCGUGCGCCCGCUGGUGAUGCCGUGUGCCUGUGUGAGUCACUCGGCACGGCCGGCUGGCGUCGCGCUGGGCCGGAGCCGCUCCGCCCGGCCCGGCUGCUGCUGGAGGAGUUUACGAGCGGUUUCCGAAAGGCCGGCGGGGUUACUGCGGCUUUGCGCCGUGCUCUGCAGGGCCCCAGUUGGUCUGGCAGCUGUUGGGUGUUUUCUGGAGCGUGGCAUGAGCUAAGCGAGAUUUCUUACUCCUGCACGUCCAAGGGGACGGGUUAAUCAUUAAUUGUGGGCGGAAAUGUGGGUGGUAUCUGCCGAGUCUCGGUCCCUUUCCCCAUGCCUCCCCAUCCCCGGCUCGCUGCUCCAGCGUUUGGCUGCCGAGGCCCUGGCACAGGGUGCCCAGAGGAGCUCUGGCUGCCCCUGGACCCCUGGAAGUGUCCAAGCGGGCCAGCACGAUGCUCCCGGCAGCCGGCAGCUCUCCCCCGGACCAGGAGCCCCUGCUGGAGGAUGCCGUGGGGAGCGGGUACAGCCGGCACAAGCCAAGGGACCGCUGGCAUGGCGCCUACCUUAUAUUUUUCCUCCUGGGCAUCGGGUCCCUCCUGCCCUGGAAUUUCUUCAUCACGGCCAAACACUACUGGAGGUACAAGCUGCAGAACUGCUCGGAUGAGCCAGGCCCGGCGGGGCAGGCGGCCUCAGACCUGCGGGACUAUUUUGAGAGUUACAUCUCCAUUGCCUCCACCAUACCCUCAGUGCUGUGCCUGAUUGGAAACUUCUUGCUUGUCAACAAGGUCGCUGCCAGUGUGCGGAUCCUGUCGUCCCUCUUUGUCAUGCUGGCUGUGUUCCUGGUGAUCACAGUGCUGGUGAAGGUGGACACCUCCACCUGGACCACGCCUUUCUUCACCCUCACCGUGGGCUGCGUGGCCGUGGUCAGCAGUGCCUCCACCGUCUUCUCCAGCAGCAUCUUCGGCCUCAGCAGCUGCUUCCCCAUGAGGAACCUGCAGGCUCUGCUCUCAGGCCAGGCCAUGGGUGGCACCAUCAGCGCCGUGGCCUCUGUGAUAGACCUGGCAGCGGCGGCCGAUGUCACCGACAGCGCCCUGGCCUAUUUCCUGACCGCCGACAUCUUCAUCGUCAUCUGCAUCAUGGUGUACCUGCUCCUGCCCAGGCUGGAGUACUCCAGGUAUUACCUGAGCAGCCAGAAGGAGAGCCCCUCUCUGGUCGCCGUGCCCCCCGACAGCUCUGUGGAGGACGAGGCAGAGCCAGGAGGCACCGUGAGCUCCUCCUUCCUCACAAGAAGUGCUGGCAUCCCCCCACUCCGCCCCAUCCUGCAGAAGACUGCCCUCCUCGGCUUCUGCCUCUUCUACGUCUUCUUCAUCUCCAUCAUCAUCUUCCCUUCCCUCUCCUCCAACAUCGAGUCUGUCAGCAAAUCCUCGGGAAGCCCGUGGAGCACCAAGUACUUCACACCACUCACCUGUUUCCUCCUGUACAACUUUGCUGACUGGUGUGGGAGGCAGGUCACCGCCUGGAUCCAGGUGCCUGGCCCCAAGAGCAAACUGCUGCCUGCCCUUGUCCUCCUCAGAACCAUCUUCCUCCCUCUCUUCAUCCUCAGCAACUACCAGCCCCGGGCUCACAUCCGGACCGUGGUAUUCAACAGGGACAUCUACCCCGUGGUGUUCACGGCGCUGCUGGGGCUCAGCAACGGCUACCUGGGCACGCUGGUCAUGGUCUACGGCCCCAAAAUCGUGCCCAAAGAGCUGGCUGAGGCAGCAGGGGUGGUGAUGUCGUUUUACCUCGGGCUGGGCCUGGCUCUGGGGUCUGCCGGUGCUGUUUUCGUGGUGCACCUCGUGUAGAGGGGGCAGCUGCAGGAGGAGGAUGCCCUCGUUUUGUGGUGCUGCUGUUGGGUAUUCAGGGUUUGGGGUUUUUUUUCCCAAAAAAGUCAGGUAGCCUGUGGUUUUGUGGCAGCCUGCCUGUCUGGGCAGGGAGGGUAGCUGCAUCCAGGGGGGAUGCAGAGGGAAAGUCUCCCUUCUGGGAAGGGGCAUCCCCUGUGCUUGGGGAGGUUCUGCCAGACAUUGUCACUCCCCAGUUUAAUGGAGCAGGGACCAAAACAGCCUCAUCCUCCCCAGGGAGCUCAGGGAAGCACCAGGGACACAGGGACACCAUCCCUUACCCAUGUGCCAGUUGUUUUAAGCUGAGCCCAGGGCUUUUGGGGGCACCUUGGGUUUUGCUGCUGCACUGUUACGAGUUCAGCCCUUCAGGGGUCGGGUGGUCUUAGGGAGGGUUCACCCCUCACUGAGCUGUGAUGGUGGUGUUGAACUAAAAGGGAUUUGAGCCCUGGAGCACCUUCUCCCCACUUAGGGAACAAGUAGCAGCUGCCCCAGGGAUUGGGGCACAGUUUUGCACAGAUUUCAUACAAUCAUUGCACAGAAAAAAAAUUAUAUAUAUAUAUAAGGGAAAAUGCUCCGCUUGGAAUUUUGCUUGCUUUAAUUUUUCCACAUGAAAUUGAACUGAGGGAUCAUCUACCUCCUAGCAUGGUGCCACCAGUGUUGGGGACUAUUCCCUGGCCAAGCUGAGAGGAGCAUUUUCCCUGCUGUGACUGUGGGUAACCCCCAAGGCAAGUGAAGUGCUGAGCAGGCCUAACCUGAGGUUUUUAGGGUGUCUUCAGUGCAUGUUCAUAAAGCUCUGUGAAAGCCAGGGAGGGGUAGGAGAGAGGCCCUGGUGUGAGGUUCACAGCAGAAAUCUGAAUGGUUAAUUCAUGUAGACAGGCACCAUAUGGCCUCCAGAUGUUUUCAGAGGGGUGAGCUACUGUGACACCCAAAAAUAUGGCCCACCCAAAGACAACUGGCUUUU